UCGUCUGCCUCUCUCGUCUCAUCAUGGAGUCCUCGGAAUCGAUCGGCCGACUUUUGCUCGUCUCGAUUCUCGUUCUCCGAUACGCAACCAGCAGUAGCGGCGUCGAAAAGUUCUGGCGUCCCGCCGACGCCAAGUCAAAUUGGUCGAAUCCGAUGAAUUGGCUCGAGGGCCGCAGACCCGAGCUGUCCGACACCGCCAGCAAGCUCGUCUUUCCACGGGAGAUGCGUCACGUCGUCGGGAUGCCCCGGAUUAUCGAUCGCCGCCUCGAGUUACGGGGAAUCGAACUCGCCGAUAACGGACAAGUGGCUCUACCCGUGGAUGGUAUCGUUGGCAUCGAAGACGAAGCGACGAAAAACUCGUCGCUCUUAUCGGAGUCGCGUUGGCUACCCGACCGAGCCUAUCUCUGGAUGGACACGGCGAACUGGAACGGAAGCAACGAGGCCGUGCCCCACCUCGAGCGUCUUCCCUGCCAGGCUGACCGAGUCGUUCUGCCCAGUUCCGAGGAGAUCUUCAGCAUCUCGCUGCCGCUGAGUCGCUCGGUGAGCGUCGGCUCGGUGCGUCUGGCCGACCAGAAUCGCAGCCUGCCGGCUUGGCGCUGGCGGGAGAUCGUCCGCGAUGGACCGGAAUUCGACGUCGAUCGACGGAUGAGCCGUCCCGUGGACUACAGCCAACUGGAGAAUUGCGAGCGCUGCCGCUGCCAGGCGGGCGAUCUCGACGAGUACCUGGCCGAGCUGUGCUCCCUUCGCAGGGCCGAAUGCGGCCCGCUUCAGUGCGAGUAUCCGUUGCGAGUGGAGGGCCACUGCUGCCCCUACUGCGGCGCCAGAGCGAGGCUGUCGCGCCGGAGUCUCGGCAGCACGGCGAGGCGGGUCGCGCGGCAGAUUCUCGCGCGGUAUCGUGAUCGGCUCGCGUGGCACCUGAGAUACACGUGGCUGGACGACGACGGCACGAGCGAGAUACUCAUCAGAGAGAAAAAUGCCGCUUACGAGGGCAGCGACAUAGUUAUUGGCCUGGCUGAGCUGGUGGCUGCCUUGAGAGAUGAGGGCGUCGAGGUUCUGUCAGCCGAGUCGUCGGGUGCUCCGCUGUCCGAGCGACUACUGCUGCGAGCUUUGGCGCCGGUCCUCCUCUGGCUGCUGCUCGUCUGCGCGAUCUUCGUCGUCGUCUGCCUGGCUUCCGGCUAUCCGAUUUCCGAGAUCUACUCAACCACUCGAGAGAUCGGAGCGUUGAUUUUCUUAUCGAGCAAGACGAAGGCCGUGGGACGUUCCGUCGCUUUCGCGCGUUUUGAGAACAUCCCCGAGCCCGGAGUCCGACUGGUCGAGGAGGAAAAGCCGAGCAAACCGUAUCUGCAGCCGAAGAAGCGAGCAGCGGCGCGAAGAAACAUAUCCAUGACCGGUGGUGGCGCUGGCUCGUUUUUCCGCAAGAGCCAACUGGACGAGUCGUUGAGUCUGGUGUCGCUGGAAAGCUCCGCAGCGGUCAAAGAUCAAGACGACGACGAGGAGGAAAAUAGAGAGGACUUCGAUAAGGUUCUAGAGCUUUCGUAG